AUGGCCAAUCUAACAGAACAGCUUUCCGAAGUACUUCCAAGAGGAAAGUACUCAGUCUUAAAUCUUCAAUGCGUUCCCAAGGAGAGUAAAUCGAUCGUCCAUCACCAUAAGAAUGAUCCCGUACAGAGUUGCAAAGUUGUUCAUUUGAUCGUUCUCUUCUCUGAUGACAGACCUGUUUUAGCACUGGAGGUGUUCGUAUAUUUGGACAUCCCGAAGAACCAGAACCAAGUUUUAAGGACCAUUUACAUUUCUAAGGCGGAUACGUCAGGACUAGUGGGUGGCCUGAAACUGAAUGUUGGCCGUGUAAUUCAAAUCCUAUUGCGAUGGAUUCUUCUAUAUCCGAUUGGGAAGUAUUACCAAGAUCUAGAAACACCGGUUAGUAUUAAUCACGAAGCAAAUGUGACGGAAAAACACAAGCCGUUUGUGUCUGAGACAGAUAGGGCUCUUCAUAUACUGAUAGAAAGAGCUCGAGGAAACUCGGUCUACGGAAUGCCAGAAGUAAUUCCAAGGGAUCGAUUCAGUCCUUCAAUCAAUCUUCUGAUGGAUUCUCCGAGGAAUCUUACAAGACUUGUUCUGUUCACCAGAUCGGAGCCUCAGUAUUUGUUUCCUAAUUCGUCAAAAAAUCGGAACAAGCACAUUUUAAGCGAUAGUGGGUUGCUCAAAUGGUGGCUAAAGAACGUUGAAGAAACGGUGAAAGGCGGGAUUUUCCACCAUCUCUUACAAAAGAAGGUCAACAUCCUCAAUGCAGAUAAAUAUGAGGUGAUCAGGUAUUUUCCGUCACGUGAUAGUGAUUGGCAGGUAGGUGAUGUCUACAGUAAUGAGGUGAAUACAAACGAUUCUGCCGUUUAUCAUAUUCCUCUUUUACCGGAUGAUCCCAAGGGUCGAUUUCUGGAACAUUUAGUUUUGGAAAACAGGAUCAAAAGAGUCAAAAUGAAACAGUUCUGGACGGAGCUCUCGAUUAGGCAAGAGUUUCGACUGGGUAUAACGGUGGGUUUAAUAGGUGUUGAAGGUGUUUCGAAACGUGGAAACGAUGAUGAUUAUAGAGGGCUUUUGAUUCUGAAAAAGUCCCAAUUUAAUAGAAUCAAAGAGCUUAUUAUUGGAGUGGAUUAUUCUGAUGCUGUUGAUUAUAAGCAUGUAAUAGAGGAACUCAAGCAGAAAGCCAUAGAGAUGGGGGAAUUCGAAGGUAGAGCCACCUCCACCACCAACGACACUACCGCAGCAAAUGUCCAAACCACAAAUGCCAGAAUUACUAAUGCCAAUACUCUUCCUGUUCAUUCACUUUCUGCCAGAAAAGCACACAAUUUAAAUACUUUAGUUAGAAAAAAGAAGUCCUGA